GGAGGAAAAACGGAACCCUCGGCCGCUUUAGCAUUAGACCUUUGCACUUCAGCAGCAGCCUCCGACGUCGCCUCUUUUCCAGGGAGCAGAGAGCAGCGAGAAAGAGAGAGCGAGCGGUGGACGGCGAACAACGGCGAAAGUUGUACUAAAGGCCGACAGCUUCCUUCCGAACGUCGGAGACGGGCUGAACAACCGUCCGGGAGUUUCGAAAAGCGAAAGAUCAGACUUGUGAAGUUUGUGUAGGGCUGCUGCCGUGUGCUGUCAAGCUAUGGGGAAGAAAAGCGGGAGCCAAAAGAAAGGUAGCGGGAAACCGAAGAGUAGUUCCCGCCAUAAGUAUGCUAAUCCAGAAGACAUGGAUGAUGAGAUUGAUGUGUUUCACAAGCAGAGAGAUAUUGUCCCGCUUGAUUUGAAUGAUGAUUCCGGAGAAUCUAGUGAUGAAGAACAUCCAGUUUUCGAAGACGAGGACAUCAAGGAUGUCAGUGAUGAUGAAGAUGAGGAUGAAGAUGGUGAUGUGGAGGAUUAUGGUAAAGAUACGGGGCUAGCAGCAAAAAUUGUCAGACAAAUGAAGUAUCUCAAAGAGAAAAUGCCUGGAAUUGAUGAUGAAAUGCAAGAUAGCGAGGACGAUGAAGAGGAAAACAGGUCGACAUGGGCUGGACACAAGAGCUUUUACCAUGGUGGUGACAAUCGUGACAUUGAACCUCAAUCAAGUGAUGAGGAGGAGCUACAAGAAGAGGAGGAAGAGGUUAAAAGACAGCAAGAGUUAAAAGCAAAAUCAUUAUCAAUGACAGACUUUGGUCUUGAAGAUGUGGAGGAUGGAGAUGAGAGUGACCAAGAAUUAUCACUAGAGCAAAUUAAAGCUGGAGUUAAACCCUUAGGCAAAGCUCACUCAACUGAACCUAAUCUUAAGGAGGCAGACAAAGAUUUGAGGGCUUUAUCUCAGGAAGAGCAAAUGAAUGCUGUAUAUAGUUCUGCUCCAGAAUUAGUUGGGUUACUGUCUGAGCUGAAUGAUGCACUGGAGCAGCUUGAAACUAGAAUCAAUCCAGUUCUAAGCAAGGCUAAAGAAAGCGGAAUCCCUAUGGAAGGUGGGCUUCGAUUUUUGGAGGCAAACCAGCUCCUUUUGCUGGCAUAUUGCCAAGCCAUAACAUUCUAUCUACUUCUCAAGUCUGAGGGUCUCCCAGUUAAUGACCAUCCUGUCAUUGCCCGCCUUGUUGAGCUUAAGGGAUUAUUGGAUAAGAUGAAGCAACUAGAUGGAGAACUUCCAUCAAAGCUAGAGGAGUUUCUCAAGGAAAAUAUCAGUCCUGAAGAUCUAGGCAAGUUCAUGAAAAAGGAUGCUGCACCUUUGUUGGCGGUGGACCUAGUGACAAAGAAGGAUGAUCUCUCUCUCGCCUCAGCUGAUACACGAGAAAUUGCAGAGACAAACGGGCUGGUGAAUGGAAACUCUUUGAGUGACCAUCCAAGGAAAGAAGUGAAAGAAGGAAGGCAUAAGCGCAAGAAUGAUGAGGUCGGUGUUGAAAGUACAGAAAUGUUGAGAAUACGAGCUGCCCUGGAGGAAAAAUUGAAACAAAAGGGGGUCUUCAGCUUCGUUGCCUCCGAGGAGGAUAAAGUCAAGAAGAAGCAUAAACAAGCAAACAGCCGUCUUGAAACACGUGACGAUUUUGAUGACGAUGCCGUUGAUCUUAAAAAUGGCCACCAUGGAGCAGCUGACAGACCAACAAACUUGUAUUCCAAGAAACUAAAGGUCGUUUCUGGUGAUGAAGAUAUACCCAAGAGAGAUGAUAUUGGGGAGAGGAGGAGGAAACAUGAACUGAGGGUUUUGGCGACUGCUGGAGUAAGGUCUGAGGAUAAUGCUGGGGAUGAAGAUGAGUUUGACCAACAUGUAGAAGAUGGUGAUGCAUCUCCUGAAUCCGAAGAGGAGAGUGAUGCAGAAGAAGGCUCGGAAGAUGAGUCGGAAGAAGAAGCGAAUGAUGUCAAGGAUGUGAAACCGGUUGCUGCAAAGGCUGAGAAAAGAAAUGCAGCAGCUCCAUCUUUGCCCGAACCAGUGGAUGGAAAACGACUUAUCACGUAUCAGAUGGAGAAGAACAGAGGUCUGACCCGAAAACGGAAGAAGCUAAUUAAGAAUCCCAGGAAGAAAUACAGGGUGAAGCAUCAAAGUGCAGAGAAACGGAGGAAGGGGCAGGUGGUUAGUAUCAAGAAGCCGACGGGGCCUUAUGGAGGUGAAGUUUCUGGUAUCAACCCUGGAGUCAGUAGAAGCAUUCGAAUGUGAUGAAGAAGAGAGACGACAGAGCUGGACAAUGGUCUCGAUUUUUUUUCUUCCCAGAGUAUUUAUAAGUUUACAACUUUGUAUCUCUCUCUCUCUCUCUCUCUCUCUCUCUCUCUCAAAUUUUGUCAUGACUCUUGAUUUCACCUAGUUAUUCGAAAGAGAGAUUCGACACUGGCAGACAGCAAACUAUGUAAUAUUUAUGCU